AUGAUGUCAAGAAGACCGGGGAGUUCUUCUCGGAGAUUCGGUGAUGGAAAACCGAAAUCGUCACCGCUUUUAUCAAUUGCGCUUAUAGUUGUGGGAGCUUUGUUUAUCGUUGGCUACUUCUACAAGGGUUCAGGUGGUGGAAGCCGUUUAGAUUCUGUUAGCAGGGUUGAAGGUGCAGGUGAUUAUUUGUGCAGUGGAGAAGUCCAACGAGCAAUUCCUGUUUUACAGAAAGCAUAUGGAGAUAGCAUGCAUAAAGUUUUGCAUGUUGGUCCUGAUACUUGCUAUGUGGUCUCUAGAUUGCAAAAAGAGGAUGAAACUGAAGCCUGGGGUAUAGAACCAUAUGAUGUAGAGGAAACCGAUGGUAGUUGCAAAACACUAAUCCGUAGAGGCAGUGUGCGUGUGGCUGAUAUCAAGUUUCCUCUUCCAUAUAGGCCAAAAUCUUUCUCUCUUGUAAUUGUUUCAGAUACUCUGGAUUACCUAUCUCCGAAAUACCUCAAUAAAACUCUUCCAGAUUUGGUGAGGGUAUCAACCGAUGGUUUAGUGAUAUUUACUGGUAUUCCAACUAAUCAAAAGGCCAAGGUAGCAGAUGUUUCUAAAUUCGGAAGAGCGGCCAAGAUGAGGAGUGGAUCCUGGUGGGUUAAGUUUUUCCUUCAGAAUAACUUAGAGGAGAAUGAAGCUGCUAAUAAGAAGUUCGAGCAAGCUUCAACAAAGAGUUCAUAUGUUCCCCGAUGCCAGAUAUUCCACUUGAAAUCACUCCAUUGA